CUUUAGUCUUUCGCUGGACGUGGUGUCCUCCAUUAUAAUGGCUCUCGAGCUGUAUCUUGACCUGCACUCUCAGCCUUGUCGUUCUGUCUACAUAUUUGCCAAGCUAGCAGGCAUUCCGUUUGAAUACAAAGCGGUGGAUCUCUCUGCAGGCGAACAUUUUGGAGAAGAGUUUGGAAAGAUCAGCGUCGUAAGGAAAGUGCCUGUCCUCAAAGAUGGAGCUUUUGUCCUUACAGAGAGCACAGCGAUCCUGCAGUACCUGGUCGCGAAAUAUUCCACUCCAGACCACUGGUAUCCAGCUGACCUACAGAAACGUGCCCGGGUCGAUGAGUACCUUUCUUGGCAGCAUACUAACAUGAGGACCCAUGGAUCGAAGGUCUUUUGGUUCAGGGGAGUUCUGCCUGCUGUCACUGGGGUUCCCGUGCCGAAAGAGAAGAUGGACUCUGCAGUGGAAGACCUGAAUAUGAGCUUUAAGCUCUUUGAGGAGAAGUUUCUGCAGGACAGGCCUUUUAUAGUUGGAGAGAAGAUAUCACUGGCUGAUCUGGUAGCUAUAGUGGAGAUGAUGCAGCCGGUUGGAACAGGCUUGGAUGUGUUUGAGGGCAGGCCUGCUCUGAGUGCGUGGAGAGACAGAGUAAAGAAGGAGAUCGGAACAGAACUUUUUGAGGAGGCCCAUAAGACUAUCUUGAAUGCAGCCUCACUCCAACAGACCUUCGAAAACAAAGGUUUACCUGAAUUUCUUAAGAUCCGGAUCCAGAAAAUGUUCAACUGAAUUUGCAUUUGUAGUGACAGGCAAACGUACGGACCAGUUACAGUCAGGGGGAGGUCUUAGAACAAACAAAGCACCUACAAGAGCUGCGUUUCAAAAGCUAAAGAACAGAGGAACCACAGUAGGUCUGUCCUAGGGUCCUCGUUUGCAAUACAUAAUGUAAAUUGGAAUGGUCUUACCUCCUGUCAUAUCUCCAGAAAAGUGCACAAAAUUUAACAAAAUUUAAAUAUUGUUUAUGUAACUGAUGAGCUAGCAAGGAAAACAUUGCUGUUAAUUAUGUAUAAUUGGCCAAGAACAAUUAAAUGACGUUCUGCUUACUACAAACUGUUACGGGAAGCAGUUAUCAUCUGUAUUAGAAGGAUCGUUCUGAUAGGAACAGCCUUUGAUGACAUAGAGGUCUAGAAACGCAGCACAGGUGGACUAUCUAUCUAUCUAUCUAUCUAUCUAUCUAUCUAUCUAUCUAUCUAUCUAUCUAUCUAUCUAUCUAUCUAUCUAUCUAUCUAUCUAUCUAUCUAUCUAUCUAUCUAUCUAUCUAUCUAUCUAUCUAUCUAUCCCACCAGAUGAAUGUUUUUCAUACUGCCAGCUUUAUGCUGUAAUGUGGUUAAGGCUGUAAUCUGUUUUGCUGCUCACACUAAAAGACAUCACCAGCCUUGGACUUGCUGAAGAUCCACCACACAGUUUUAGUUUGAGCUUUUUUCCCCUCAUUUGCCUGUGGUCGUAAAUUUAACAAUGCAGGAAAUAAACAUUAAGUGAAUGUUUCAA